AUGUUUGUUAUUAUUCGAGACGGAGAAGAAAAUACGUUUCGUUCCAUAUGUUUUUUUGAUCAAGUACACAAACGAAAAGAUCAACGACUUCCGCAUAUUAAAGCUGAUCUUUUAAGUAUGUCGUUACAUGAUCGUUAUGUGAUCGUUCAGCCAAAUUCAUUAUUACAUUCGUUGGUGAUGUUGAUGCUGGGAACAAUGAAACAAUCUCGUGAUACUAUUUAUCGUGCUGGAAUAUCGAUUCGUGGUGGCCUUAAUAAUGCUCAACUUCGUGGUACACCUAUGGAUAAAAAACCCCAUCGAUCAAAACGGGUCAUCAUAAACCACCGUAAUCAUAAGCGGGCGUUACUGUACCGUAUUCCACCGUGA